AUGGGGGCAACCCCUUUCCACCACUCGAUCCUCGGAGUACGACUACCAAAUCACUUUGACAAGCUGACAAAUAUGAGGUACGAUGGUACCCAAGAUCCCCAGGAACAUCUAAUGGCCUUCGAGGCCAGGAUGAACCUGGAAGGGGUAGGCGACGAAGUAAGAUACCGGGCUUUCCCGGUAACCUUAGCUGGGCCGGAGAUUCGUUGGUUUAAUGCCCUCCCCCAGGGCUCCAUAACCACAUUUGCCGACAUCAGUCGCUCUUUCUUGGCCCAGUUCACCACGCGCAUCGCCAAAGCAAAACACCCGAUUAACCUGCUAGGGGUGACGCAGCGAAACGGCGAGCCGACCAGAAAAUACCUGGACAGAUUUAAUGAUGAGUGCCUUGAGAUAGACGGCUUAACUGACUCGGUGGCCAGCUUGUGCUUGACCAAUGGUUUGCUAAAUGAGGAUUUCAGAAAACACCUCACCACCAAGCCCAUCUGGACAAUGCAGGAAAUUCAGAACGUAGCCAGAGAAUACAUUAAUGAUGAAGAGGUAAGUCAGGUCGUGGUAGCCAAUAAACGGCAGCCCGCAUACCCUAAUGCCCGCCCACCCGGUGGCGGAGAGAGGUCUAAGGAACACUCCAGAGAGGGAGUAACGGCCAAGACUUUCAAACCCUUUCCCCGUGUUGGGAAGUUCACCAACUACACCCCCUAG